AUGAAUGCGAGGACAGCAGAGAUGUCCAAAAUGAGGGGCCUGAAGACCUCCUACAGCAAGCCUGAAAAACAGCAGAGGGAGCUGGAAGCUGUGCUAACUAAAACUCAAGUUGGUCUGGAAAAGCUGGAUUACUUCUUGGAUGCAAUAGAAAAGCUGGCAGUCACCUCACUUUAUGUGUUCAUAGAAGGGAACCCAGUUUUACAUCCAACAGAGGAAGUCCAACUGGAGCAUGUCCAGGGUGUUAUUGUUGCUGCACAAAUGGUUUGCCCUCAGCUCCUGGAGUUCAAAAGAGACGCAAAGGCCUUCUUCCUUCCCAAACUGCAGAAUGUGGAAGUGUUAGUAUAUACACUGGACAGAUACAUCCAGAUCAUCCACAGGAUCUGUGAGAACUUAGAUAUAAGGUAUGAGGUGUCAGCCAAGAUCUGCAGCAGUACCAACAACAAGAAAAGCUCAGUAGCCUGAGGCCUACCUCAUCCACCCAGCUCUGCAGCCUGAGGCCUACCUCAUCCACCCAGUUCUGCAGCCUGAGGCCUACCUCAUCCAUCCAGCCCUGCAGCCUGAAGCCUACCUCAUCCACCCUGCCCUGCAGCCUGAGGCCUACCUCAUCCACCCUGCUCUGUGGCCUGAGGCCUACCUCAUCCACCCAGCCCUGCAGGGAGCCUGAGGCCUACCUCAUCCACCCUGCCCUGCAGCUUGAGGCCUACCUCAUCCACCCUGCUCUGUGGCCUGAGGCCUACCUCAUCCACCCAGCCCUGCAGGGAGCCUGAGGCCUACCUCAUCCACCCAGCUCUGCAGCUGAGGCCUAUUUUACCUAUCCUGCCUUGCAGCUGAGUCAACUUCCAUCAUGGCGAGUAUAAUUCUCGCCCUCCUGGCUUUGCUCUGUUUGCCUUUAUUUUCAGAGUAUGAAGCCCACCAGGAGAUCCCAGUGAGUGUCUGUAGCGUUUCCCUACAUGUUCUUUGUAUGUCAUCACGGUCAAAGGUUACUAGCUGGGCGUAGGACUUUGAUAUCAAUCAAGGGUGCGGAUGCUUGAAAUGAAACAGGUAUCAAAGCAUGUAAACUUUAAUUAUCUUUUAAGCCUUCUUCUCCGAAAGGACUGCUUUAUCCCAUCAAAUGACUCUUGGCCUAUUACGAUGAAUGAUGUCUCUAAGAAAAUCAAGAAGCAUUUUCAUGAAACACGCAUGUUGAAAUGUAUGAUUAUGCUUAUGUUGUUGAUAUCAGGGAAUGUUCAGCCUAACCCAGGCCCUGUGUCUGAUGUGAUAUCACUACAAACCCCUGCUGAAUUUUUGAAUAGGUCUGGUACUGGUUUUGUACAUAUGAAUGUGAGGUCUUUUUCCCAAAGUUGAUAUGGUUAGAAUUUGGGCCAAAUCAACAAAUGUUGACAUUAUGGUUUUAUCUGAGACAUGGCUGAGUAGAUCCACGCCUGAUAGUCAUAUUUAUUUGGAUGGGUAUAAUAUCUUUCGUGCUGAUCGCCGUGCCAAAGGUGGAGGCGUAGCAAUUUAUGUUAAAAAUACAUUUCAGGCAACAGUACAAUUAUCCAAGUCUGUGCCUAAACAAUUUGAAUUGCUUGUCUUGAAAGUUGAAUUUACGAAGAGCUGUGUUAUGACAGUAGGGGGAUGUUAUAGAUCUCCUUCUGCCCUAAAGGAUACACUACUCUCAUUGUCUGACUGCUUAUCAACUAUUAACUACAAUGAUCUGCUUUUAAUGGGGAUUUAAAUUGGGAUUGGUUAACCCCUGCUUCUGAUUCUUUUAAAUGUUUCUGUGACUCAGCUCUUUUGGCUCAAAUUAUUGACUCACCAACUAGGCCAAACCCUAAACACCCUGAGAAGUCGACACUCCUUGACUUGAUUUUAACCAAUUUUCCCCAGAAAUACAAGGCUACCGCUGUGUUUGCAAAUGAUGUUAGUGAUCACUGCGUUAUUACUUGUGUGAGAGACACAAAGUUAUCAAAAUGUAAACCCCGUAUCAUACUUAGGCGUAAUUUUAAGUCAUUUUCUGAACAAGCCUUUUUAAAUGACAUAUAUCUAUGUGAUUGGACCAGAGUAAAUUUGAUUCCAGAUGCUGAGACAGCUUUACAGUAUUUUAAUUCCUUACUUUUGGACAUUAUAGACAAACAUGCUCCUCUCAGAAAAUACAAGGUUAAAGGUCGCGAUAAUCCAUGGUUUUCAGAGCAACUGUUUGAUUUAAUUCAUAAACGAGAUCUUGCCUGGGCAACUGCAAGAAAAUCCAAAAAUAGCUCAGACUGGCAACUUUUUAGGCACCCGAGGAACAAGUGUGUCUCUCAGAUACGUAAAGCCAAAGCCGAUUUUUAUCUUAAUGAAAUUUGUGACAGUGCAAACAACUCUUCUAAAUUCUGGAAAAUGAUUAAAUCACUGUCUUCAGGGUCAAAGGAUACUGUGCUGCCAAAUACAUUAAAGUUGAAUGAUGUGACCAUUACAGACAAGAAAAGUAUGCUAGAAUCUUUGAACCAGCACUUUAUAUCUUCUGGGUUGUUGUUUGAGCAGGACAUACCACAAGUGGUGAGUCAACAGGAUCACUUAUUGUCCAGGGAAAAUCUACCUUUUAAUUUUGAUCUUGCCCCUUUGUCUAGAGAUGAGGUUUAAGAUGCUCUCUUAAGGUUAAAUGCCAAGAAAUCCCCCAGUCCUGAUGGGUUGGGUCCUUUCUUUUUAAAACUUGCUGCUGAGCAUAUUGCAGACCCCCUGACUUAUGUUUCCAAUCGGACAAUAGAAACUGGGAUAAUACCUAGCAUUUGGAAGUCAGCAUAUGUCACUCCUUUACUAACGGGUGGUGACCGGUCUAAUCCCAAUAAUUAUAGGCCAAUAUCCAAAUUACCUGUUUUGGCCAAGGUCUUGGAAGGGCUUAUAAGUGAUCAGCUGAAAAAUUUCUUGACAUCAAAUAGCAUUUUAAAUGAAUCACAGCACAGUCACUGCCAUGAUGAAAGUGUUAAAUGAUUUCAUUUGUUCUAUUGACUCUAAAGAAUAUUGUGUUGCUUUGUUCCUAGAUCUGUCAAAGGCUUUUGACACGGUCGACCACUCUGUCUUGUCCCAGAGAUUGGAGGAUAUUGGAGUGUCUUCUAAUGCCGUGAAAUGGUUUGGUAACUACUUGAGUGGCAGAACACAAAGGGUUCAGGUUGAUGGUUUGUGUUCCAACUCCUUGUCUAUUCGAAACGGUGUCCCUCAGGGGUCCAUACUGGGUCCUAUUUUAUUUACUAUUUAUAUUAAUGUAUUAUGUCAAAAUGUAACUGAUGCCAAUUUCCAUUUUUAUGUAGAUGACACCGUUUUGUAUUGCUCAGCUCCAUCAUUAGCUAGUGCAACAGAAUAUCUGCAGUCUGCUUUUAAUAUUAUUCAGAAAAAUCUCUAUCAAUUAAAUCCUGACAAGACUAAAAUGAUGUGCUUUUCAAAAUCAUUGAAAUCAGAUGAUGUCUGUCAGAUUGUUACUAUAAAUGAGAAAUUAGUUGAACAAGUUUCUGUCUACAAAUACCUGGGAUUUCACUUGGAAGAAAUUUGUCCUUUAGGCACCAUAUUGAAUGUCUUACAAAGAAACUCUGGGUGAAACUGGGUUUCUUCUAUAGAAACAAGGGUUGUUUCUCCUUUGGUGCAAGAAAAAGGCUUAUACAGGCAACAUUUUUAUCCGUACUUGAUUAUGGUGACUUCUUAUACAUGCAUGCAAAUCUCUCUUCUUUAAAAAUGCUGGAUUUAGUGUAUCAUGCGGCAGUAAGAUUUGUAACUGGCUUAGAUUUUCGUACUCAUCAUUGCAACUUACAUGAGAGUGUUGGUUGGUCCUCUCUGCAAAAUCGUAAAUUGGAACAUUGGUAUAUCUUUCUUUACAAGGCCAUUCUAGGUGACUUGCCCUCUUACCUAUGUUCCCUCUUAACUCCCAAAAUCACCAGUGUGUAAUCUCCGGUGUGAUGGACAGAUCAUGUACGCUAUUCCUCUGACAAGGACGGUUUUUGGUGAAAGCGCUUUCAAGGCUUUUGCACCCUCCUCCUGGUGUAAAUUACAGGGUUAUUUUAAAUUGGAUUAUCUGCCAAGUGUGGCACAUUUUAAAACUAGAAUUAAGGAGUUUUUGAGUACUGAAUGCACAUGUCUUCUUACUGAAUGCUGAUUUAUUGUUGUGUUUUGCAUACUGUAACUGUUUUGUGUUUCUGCGUGUGUUUUUUUUAUUUUUUUUAUUUUUUUUAUUUUUUUCUUUAUGUGGAACUUCUUGUGCUGCUAUCCUGGCCAGGACUCCUUUGUAAAAGAGAUUCUGAAUCUCAAUGGGUUUAUUUCCUGGUUAAAUAAAGGUUACUAACUAACUAACUAGAAAUUCAGUAUGCUCACUGAUAAGUUAUCUAGAGUCACAAAUGAGGAAUCAGCAACAAGAGAUGUAAAAUUUGGGUGCAAAAAAACAAAACAAAACCAAGAAUGGAUUCAAAAAGAAGUACUAGUGACAGCUAUGUGUAAAAUGUCCAUAAAAAUGAUUAACAGUUUAGGAUUUGAUGAAACGCCAAAUGUUUUCCAUUGGUGACAUAUCAGGCAGGUCUGUUUAGCUCCUGGACUGUUCUCCUGCUGAGCCAUGCUGUUGUAAUAUCUGUAGAACCCAGAGUUUUAAUGUUUAGCAUUGAUGGCCCCUUCCCCAAUGUCAGCAUUUAUGGGUCCCUACAUCACCAUCAGGGAUACUGUCCCUCUCCUCUUUAGACCAGUGGAAGUGGUAUCCAUGAGUUCCAAAAAGAAUGUCCCAACGUUUUUGAGCGCACAGCUACAAUCAAAUUUAGAAUUAGUACCGCACAUUUAAACCAGAAAGUUCCCUCUGGGAAAUGUUAAAGGGCACGGCCCACGGGGCCCUCUGCUGGUGAGAGUACAUUAUGAUGAGAUUCUUCAGAGAUCUUAAAUAAUUAAUACCAGUAUCAUUGUGAUAUUAUAUACUAAAAGGAGCACACCUACAGCAAACAUUCCUUUUUUCAAAUAUUUUAUUUUCAUUUAUAUAAAGAAAACAUCCGAACAGUAGACGUUUGAAAAAAUAAAAAAAAAUUGCUCUUUUUUCUGGUUCGUCCCAUUGACUUUAAUGCAAAAUUAUCUUGGCAACAUUUUACUCACAGAAUUCACUUUCUGGAGUAUGAGUUGCAUAACGAAUUUUCUUGAUUUUUUUUCCAGUCAUCUCUCUUUAAGAAAGCCAACACAUAUUGUUGUCAACCUCGAUGCAACACUGUCUGAUGAUGACGUACAAAAAAUGCUUUGUCAUAUCAGUCAUCUCAUUGACAUUAGGUAAGUAUUACAGAUGUUGUUUGUUAAGGGCAAUUGUGACAGGUUCUUUGAAUUUGUGCAUUUAAAUGAUCACCUUAUUCAGUACAAGUGUUUACCUGCAAUCCAAUAAAUUCUACUCUUGAACUUUUUUCACAGCUGUAUAACAAGUGUAGUUUUUCUUUAGUAAGGUUGUAUUUUUUAAUUUCCUUUCAGUAUGAGGCAUGUUUCCUUUCACCAGUUAUUUCAUUGUUGUUCUGUGACUUGUGUGGUUUAGACAGCAAAAGCCUGUGUGUUGGAGUCAUUUAGGCCUUGGUUUUGGAAAUUUAACAUCCUUUCCUUCUUCGUCAGACUGGACCCAGACUUCAGGCUGGUGUUCUUGUUCCAGGGAGUUUCAUGCUCUGGCUUUAUUAGAGAGUUCUCCAAGCGGCAGCCCAAGAUGCUGCAAUUCCUUAAGACCUUAAAGGUGUGCUUUCCAUUACCGGUGUGCUUUCCAUUAUCGGUUUGGUAUUGAUUCCUCUCACAGCUGGGGUGUCUCUAAGUCUCAUGAUUGGUGGUAUAGCAUGUAGCAUUACCAGUGCAGUCAACAACAUACUUACCACAGCAACAGAGGUCGGCAUGAACUAUACAGAACAAAAAAAAAGUCAAUAAAAUCAUCCAGAAGUUCAUUGAGGAUGCACAGCAUCUCCAGGAUUGCCUGGAGGAGGUUACCAGUCAGACAGUCAAAAUAGAGACAAGUCAGGUAGAAGUGGCUUUAGGGGUAAGUAAGAUUGUUAGCCAAAUUGGAUUUGCAGGAAAAAGCAUUGACACAGUUGUCGAUGCAGCCUCUGCUCUUAAAGCACUGAAAAGUGAGGAGGUGAUUGUGAGUGCUGGUAACGCCUUUUUCCUCGGCAUGGAUGUGUUCUUCAUCUGCAAAGACAGCAUCAGUCUGUCUAAAGGCAGCGAGACUGAAUUCUCAAAGUUCAUCAGAGCCAGAGCGGCACUGUGGCGCUCAGAGAUUGACGCAUGGGGAAAAAAUGCAUAA